AGUGCUUUCGGUUUAGACACCAUGGAUGACCAGCUUGCAGCAGCACGGGCCGCGGCCGUCCGAAUGGCAGCAUCGGCGGUGUUUGCAGGGCGAAGUGCUGCAGCUGUGGUGCGUCGGCAGGCAGCGCCGCACGCCUCUCAGGUGCCAGCUGCUGAGAGGGCCGAGCAGGCGACGGCGGCGACGGCCAGAAGCAACGAAGCCAUAGCCGCACACCAUUCCACAAGUGCUCUCGAGAGUAAUCAAUCAGAAGUUUGCGAGUGGAAUGUCACCAUUCAAAAGACCUUCAUCACCGUGGUGCCAGUUUGCAAAAGACAAAGUGGGAUGUCAACAGUGAGUGCCCCACCUCGUCUCGACCGCGGCCGACGGCUCCCUCGGCGCCGUAAACGAGGCAGAAGACGAGCAAUACCAAGCCGCUCAAGCUCCGGCAGGAAAAGCGGUGCAUUCGUGCCUCAAUUGUCGUGAUCCAGUGGCUUACCAUGUCAUCACAAUUGUGAUGAAGCUGAUGCGGUAGUUGUUGUUUGCAUCUCUCAGAGACGGUUCCGCCUUUAUGGUUGAACGGAUGCCGUCCUGCAGUGACAUAGGUGAGACAAGAAAGCAUGCUAAAAUUCGUGCUGCUUUCUUGUUCAGAAUGUCGGCAACCUCAAGCUGUUGGCCGUCAUCAGCAACAGUGCUGAUAGCAGAAGGAAAUCUCGCCGCUAAAAGCGGGCAGGAUUUGGCAUUGCCAAAAA